UACGCCCAUUUUUCCGAAAUCCUGAAUAGGCUUUUACAAAUGGCAACAACUACUUUGCAACAACCAUAAUAUUAUUCAUUACCUAAUAUUUACCAAAUGACAACAACUUGAUUGAAUGAAUUGUUGCUAUCGAAAUAUUUGGAUUUUCUCUUUUCGUUGUUCCACUGAUCUCUACUCGACUGCUUCUGCCGUGUUUUGCCCAAAUUCCGAUGUGCAUGCUAAUAAUGCUGGAACUGCUGAUGUAAUUGCAACCCCACCACCAGGGAAAAAAAGAAAGGGAAGGGGGAAGACAACUGGACUUUCAAUCCAAAAGAAACUCAAGGAAAGUGUCAAUGGAAAGUUGAAGGUAAUUAUCCCACCGGAUCGAACAGUAGCAGUAGGUCCUGGAGCUAAAGAUUUUGUUACUGAGCUCUCAGUGACAGUUCUCCAUAAUGCUAGGCAUGAUGUCAAGAAUUGGAAGGGAGUUUCUGAUCUUGCAAAAGAUAGGAUUGUUGCUCAUAUGCUGGAUACCUUCCAGCUUCCAGACAUACAACAUAAUCGGGAUACUAUCCUUCAAACAGCUAAAAAUUUAUAUCGAUAUCGCCGUAGUAGGCUACAUGAUCAUUUCAAGAAAUUUGCUACAAAAGAGUUAAGGUUGCAAAACAUGCCAUCACAGGUUAAUGAAGCUGAAUGGAAAUUCUUGGUGGAAUAUUUCAACUCUGACGAUUUUAAGAAAAUGAGUGAAAGAAAUAAAAGCAAUAAGGCAAAACAAGAAGUGAAUCAUAUUUGCGGCAGAAAAUCCUUCCAAGCAGUAUCAUUUGAAGCAAGAGACACAAACACCGGAAAAGAGCCAAACUCUCAGAAAUUUUGGGAAAUGACUCACGUGAACUCAAAUGGGCAUUGGGUUAAUGAUGCUUCUGCUGAAGUGAAUGAUAAGGUGAAAGAAGUUGUUGCUGAACAAAUUCAAGAAAUUGAAGAGGGUGCCGAUGUGGACCUUAUUGCUAAUGCUGCAUUUAUGCAUAUUAUGAGAGAAAAAGCAGGGUAUGUUCGUGGUCAAGGAUCGGGAGUUAAGCCAGCGAGUAGGAGAUCCAGAGAUGAAAUUCAACAGCAACUGGAAGCACAACAAAAGGAGAUAGAAGAAGAACGACGUAAACGAGAAAGUUUAGAGAGCAAGCUAAUGGAAGUAAAAUAUCAGCUUGAAGAGGAGCGGAGAAGUCGAGAAGUCAUGGAAACUCGUUUAGUGCGUGAGCAAAAAUUGUUAAAAGAGGGCGUAAUGGCAUUAGUAUCCCAUAUGCAAAGUUCCAUGAAUGGACUUCCUGCUGCAAUUUUCAACAUCAUUAAUAACUCAACUGGUUCAGACGAGGCAAGUCCUACAAGUCUUAUGGAUAAAAACUAGGAUGAUCAAACAUUGUUGCUGACAAUAUGGUUUAUGUAAUGCACAACCCAUUGCAAGAAAAUAUUCUUCAGUUGAUGCGCUGGGAUGAAAGAAAGUUCUUCGGUGCUCCUCCGGGACGAACAGUAAAGGCACAUGAAGGAAUUGGCUCUUACUAUCGAUCGGAUGGAGAGAUUCGCGGCGCUUUACCUUACGAAUAUCUAAAGGCGAAGAUCUCUUUUCGACUAGCAAGUUUACGUACCUAGGUCCUAAGUUUCUCAUUACUCGGUGAAGUCGAGACUACUCUUGAAAUUAGAAUGUUUAUAUCCUUUUGUUCUUUCUGUAAGUAAAAAUAAAAGUAUAUAUUUAGGAGUAUUAGUUUUUGGAAGUUACUAAAAUA